CCUAUAUCAUAAAAUUCAACAUCAUUCAACAACAAUUCCAAUUCUCUGGCAAAGCUUCUGAAAUCUGAGACAUUGCAGAUAUACAGCAGGAUCAUGACUGAAACUAACAGUUCUAACUCCGAAAAGAAACUCGUCCGAAUCGACAUUAGUUCUGAUACUGUAUGUCCGUUUUGCUUUGUUGGCAAAAAGAAUCUUGACAAAGCCAUAGCUUCCUCUAAGGAUAAAUACAACUUUGAGAUUAAAUGGCAUCCGUAUCAACUCAACCCCGAUGCCCCUAAAGAAGGCGUUGAUAAGAGGGAGUUUUACAGAAGCAAGUUUGGAUCGCGAUCUGUUCAGAUGGAAGCUCGAAUGUUGGAGGUCUUCAAAGGAGUCGGGCUUGUUUAUAGUUUGGAUGGACUCACGGGAAACACUAUGGACAGCCACAGGCUUAUAUAUUUUUCUGGAGAGCAGGGUCUUGAUAAGCAACAUGAUCUAGUUGAAGAACUGUGCCUUGGUUAUUUUACUCAGGGAAAAUACAUUGGUGACCGGAGUUUUCUUCUUGAAGCUGCUGCCAAGGUUGGUAUAGAAGGAGCAGAAGAGUUUCUUAAUAACCCUAACAAUGGGCUGAAAGAGGUGGAGGAUGAGAUUAAAACAUACUCAAGAAACAUUUCAGGGGUUCCACAUUAUGUGAUUAAUGGGACUCAGAAGAUAAGCGGCGCACAGCCCCCGGAGGCAUUCUUGAGAGCUUUCCAACUUGCUACAAGUUGACUUUCAGCUCUACAAAGUUUUUCAUUCAUUCAUUCUGUUGAAAUGAUACUUUGGAAAUAAGAAGUUAGUGACAUUGUUGUAUUGUAUCACAAUAUUAAGAUGUAACACAAUUUUAAAGUCUUACACAUUGCUUAUACCCAAUAACAAAUUGAAUGACACUGGUGUUUAAUUUAGAAUGUAGAAAAGUUUGAACAAAUUGCUAUUAUUCUACAUGUUAUUUGUAUGAAAUGUUGUUAAAUCGCAGUUAAAACCGCAUUUUAGUUUUGUUGAGUAACAAAAUUUGAAAAAACCACAAUUUGUAACAUGGUUUUACAUUGCGGCAGCGGUUGCAG